AUGUGGGCAAAGUCACUCAUCUGUCUGCAUGCCUUUACCGGCGCCGUGCUGGCAUCUUCGCGGGUCCCUCUGGACAGGAGACAAGGGGGUCUAGACGCCUUCAUAGAGAAGGAAACACCCAUCGCUAAGCAAGGUGUCCUUGAUAACAUCGGAGCGGAUGGGAAGUUGGUUAAAGGAGCCGCAGCUGGAAUUGUUGUCGCCUCCCCGUCCAAGACGGACCCAGACUAUUUCUAUACCUGGACACGCGACGCUAGCCUGACGAUGAUGGUCGUGAUCGAAAAAUUCCGUGCUGGUGAUAAAUCGCUUGAGUCUCUCAUCCAUGAUUUUAUCGACUCGCAGGCCACACAGCAGAAAGUGUCAAAUCCGUCAGGAGGCCUCUCCGAUGGUUCUGGUCUAGGCGAACCGAAGUUCAAUGUCAAUAUCUCUGCCUUCACGGGUUCCUGGGGCCGUCCCCAGCGAGAUGGUCCUGGACUUCGUGCCUCUGCAUUGAUCUCGUAUGGUAACUCUUUAAUUGACAGCGGCAAGAAAACCCUGGUCAAGAGUAAUAUCUGGCCUCUUGUGCAAAACGAUCUGGCAUACAUAGGACAAUACUGGAACCAGAACACAUUUGACCUUUGGGAGGAAGUGCAAGGGUCAUCGUUUUUCACAACGGCUGUUCAGCACAGAGCCUUGGUUGAGGGAAGCGCCUUCGCAAAUGCGCUUGGUGAAACAUGCGAUGCAUGCUCCGUGGCGCCCGAAAUCCUUUGCCAUCUCCAGGAUUUCUGGAAUGGUACGGGUGUUGUCUCCAAUGUUCCUUCAAAUGGCCGCAGCGGUUUGGAUGCAAACUCUCUGUUAGCCUCCAUCCAUACUUUCGACCCAGCCGCUGGUUGCGACGAUAAUACCUUCCAGCCCUGUUCUUCCCGUGCAUUGUCUAACCACAAACUUGUCGUCGAUUCGUUCCGGUCUAUCUACGGUGUCAAUAAAGAUCGUGGUGCGGGUAAAGGCGCUGCUGUGGGCCGAUAUCCAGAGGACAACUACCAGGGAGGCAAUCCAUGGUACCUUACCACAUUAGCUGCGGCAGAAGUGCUCUAUGAUGCUCUCUACCAAUGGGAUAAACAGGGGACCUUGUCCGUCACCGAAGUGUCUCUUCCUUUCUUCAAAGACAUUGUUGGCGAUGUCACAGCAGGAUCAUACAAGAAGGAAUCAACCGAAUAUACAUCUCUUACCAAAGCCGUCAAAUCAUACGCAGAUGAUUUCCUUUCCGUUGUGCAGCAGUACACACCCAGUGAUGGUGGCCUGGCAGAGCAGUUUAAACGUGAUGGUGGGGACCCCGCUUCUGCAGCCGACUUGACGUGGUCAUUCGCAGCAUUCCUGACAGCAGCCUCGCGUCGGAAUGGAGAUGUCCCAGCGUCGUGGGGCUCAUCUGGAACAAAAGUCCCGAGUCAGUGCAGUGGGAAAACCGUGACCGGGACUUAUGUGACUCCUAGUCCCAGUCCAUGGCAUGCCAACGGCAGCUAUGUUGUAGCCUUUUAUAUCAGAUUAGGUAUUGUCAGUAAUGGAAUGUACUCCGUGCUGUUAGAGGAUUAA